CGCGGAAAGUGGUGAUGGCAAAACUUAACCGACAUAGGCAAACUGUUGUGUAAAGAACUGGACAGAGAGGGAAUAUUUUUUUAUGAAGGAAAAAAUAAACUUGUAAGAAGGGAAUUAAAAGAACAUGAAAGCAAGAUAUUAAAUUUGGAGCUCCAGCAGUUCAGGAGCAGCAGCUGGGGAAGUGACGUAGAUGUGUUGGCUAAAGACAGCAGCCGGACGCACUGAAAAGGGCCUGGGAACAGACUGGACAUUUUUCGGCUGAGGCUGGUGUUCAACGUAUGUAGUCCUGAAAAGGAACCUUUGGAUCUUCGGACCAAGCACUAGCCUCUCAUGUAGCCGUGUUUUCAAACUAUUACUUGUUUACAGUUCCUGUCAACCAGCACUGCCAGGCAUUGUGCACUUCAUUUGAUUUUUAGCACUGGUCCCUUAUAAUGCUGUUCAAUGGAUGCAAAUCGUAUUUUGGUUAGCAUUCGUGAUGAAGACCAAUCCUUUCAUGUUCACUACAGCAGCUCUCAUCUUAAUCAGAAGUGACAGACUGACAUCAGGUGCCCAAAGGACAGGGGAGAAAAAAGUCCUGCGACCAGAUUAGAAUGGAAGCCUCCUGUCUUGAGUUGGCCCUGGAGGGGGAGCGGCUGUGUAAUGUGGGAGACUACCCAGCAGGCGUGUCUUUCUUUGAAGCAGCGAUCCAAGUUGGGACAGAGGACCUCCAGAUACUCAGCGCUAUUUACAGCCAGCUAGGGAACGCAUACUUCCACUUGCAUGACUACUCCAAAGCACUGGAAUACCACCACCACGACUUGACUCUGACCAGAACAAUCGGGGAUCCACUUGGAGAAGCUAAAGCCAGUGGUAACCUUGGCAACACCCUAAAGGUUCUGAGACGCUUCGAUGAAGCUAUAGUGUGUUGCCAGAGACACUUGGAGAUUUCCAUUGAUCUCAAAGAUAAGGUUGGGGAAGCAAGAGCACUUUAUAACUUUGGGAAUGUGUACCAUGCCAAGGGGAAAAGCAUCUGCUGGAGUGGGGCCGAUCCAGGGGAGUUUCCAGAAGAGGCAAUGACUGUUCUGCGGAAAGCUGCAGAAUACUACGAGGCAAAUUUGUCAAUAGUUAAGGAGCUUGGAGACCGUGCUGGGCAGGGCCAUACCUAUGGAAACCUGGGCAACACGCAUUACCUGCUGGGGAACUUCAGGGAUGCAGUGAUAUCACAUGAGCAGAGGCUUCUAAUAGCCAAGGAGUUUGGUGACAAAUCAGCUGAAAGAAGGGCUUACUGUAACCUGGGGAAUGCGUACAUUUUUCUUGGGGAGUUUGAAAUCGCAUCUGAGCAUUACAAGAAAACGCUGCUGCUGGCCCGGCAGCUGAAGGACCGUGCCGUGGAGGCACAGGCGUGUUACAGUCUGGGAAACACAUACACGCUGCUGCAGGACUAUGAAAGGGCUAUCGACUACCACAUGAAACAUCUUAUUAUCGCCCAGGACCUCAAUGACCGAAUUGGAGAGGGUAGAGCCUGCUGGAGUUUAGGAAAUGCCUAUACUGCAUUGGGAAAUCAUGAUCAGGCCAUGCACUUUGCAGAAAAACAUCUGGAAAUCUCAAAAGAAACUGGAGACCGAAACGGAGAACUAACAGCCAGAACAAACGUCUCCGAUCUUCAGAUGGUGCUGGGACUCAGUUACCAAACCAACAGUUCAGUUCUGUCAGAAAACCACAAAGUCAAUUUUGACUCUCACGGAGCCAGGCCAAAAGCCGGAAAGAGGCACAGUAUGGAAAAAAUGGAGGUGAUGAAACUAACACCAGAUAAGGUAGAAAACUGGAACAGCGAACUUAUUACAAAACCACAGAAACCACCCCUGGCUAAGUCGUCUGCAAAGCUUUUCUUUGUAAAUCAUCUGAAAGGCAAAAAGCACAAACACAACGGCUUCUCUGCUAAGGUUCUGCAGGACACCACUAAUUCCAUUGAGUGCGGGGAUGUCCAGAUCCAGAUACACCACAAGAGAGUAAGUCCUGACACGCUCGGGGACGAGGGUUUCUUUGACUUGCUCAGUCGAUUCCAGAGCAAUCGCAUGGAUGACCAGAGGUGUUCCAUAGAAGACGGAAAGAGCAGGCUGUCUGUGGCAGUGACACCCAAACCACCAAGAACAAUGCACAAAUCCCAUUCUGCACCUGUUGUUUCACCCCACACCAAUCAGUUCUUGGAUCUAGUAGCCAGCUCUCAAAGUAGGAGACUAGACGACCAGCGGGCGAGUGUUGGAAACUUCCCCGGCCUCAGACUGAACCAGCAGAACAGCCAGUCUGUCCUCAGUCAUCUCAUGGCUAACGCUGACAAGGAGCCAGAUGAAGACUUUUUUGACAUGUUGGUUAAAUGCCAGGGUUCUAGACUGGACGAUCAAAGAUGUACUCCACCCGCUCCAGCACCCAAGGGCCCCACAGUUCCUGAUGAAGAUUUCUUCAGCCUUAUCAUGCGAUCUCAAGCAAAGCGAAUGGAUGAACAGCGGGUUACUCUGCCCUCGAACUCAAAAUGCCCCAGCUCGUACUGAAACAGCCACUUGCAAGCUUAAUGUUGCCCCCACACUUUAUCAUUAAUUCACAAAGUGUAAAAGUACUGUAAUAAAGAACUGUUCUAUUUCAUCAGUUCAUCAAGGAAUGUUUACUGUCCAAUUAGGGUCCAAUAAGAGGGAAUCAGUAAAAUAUCCACUGUCUCAAAUCCAAAGUGGAAUAGUAUAAAUGCCUACUGAAUGUUGAUAUACUAAUGUU